CAUAUACUUAACUAAGGAGGUUGAUCCAGUGAAAGCUGUAAGGACAGAUUUUCCUUUAUAAUACUAUUCUAAAAUGUGCGGUAUUCUAGCCUUAAUGUUGGCUGACCGACAUAGCCAGGCUUGUCCUGAAAUUUAUGAGGGUCUUUACAGUUUGCAGCAUCGUGGACAAGAUGCCGCUGGUAUCGUUACUGCUGGUAACAAGGGUCGACUUUAUCAAUGUAAAGGAUCAGGUAUGGUUUCCGAUGUUUUCACUCAAUCUCAGCUUCGUCAACUGGUCGGUAGCAUGGGUAUGGGCCAUGUUCGUUAUCCCACUGCUGGAAGUUGUGCGAAUUCGGAAGCCCAACCCUUUUAUGUAAAUUCCCCUUACGGUAUAGUUUUGGGUCAUAAUGGUAACCUCAUCAACGGACCCGAGUUGCGUCGUUUUUUGGAUACAGAAGCUCAUCGCCACGUCAAUACUGGUUCCGAUUCUGAGCUUUUAUUGAAUAUCUUUGCCUACGAGCUUCAACGUAUGGAUAAGUAUCGUAUCAAUGAAAACGAUAUAUUUGAAGCUCUUCGCAAUGUCUACGACAGAGUCAAUGGUGGUUACGCAUGUGUAGCCAUGAUUGCCGGUUUCGGUAUCCUUGGUUUCCGGGAUCCUAAUGGCAUUCGUCCUUUGGUAAUUGGUGAACGCGAUACCCCUCAAGGAAAAGACUACAUGCUUGCUAGUGAAAGCGUAGUCUUGACUCAAUUUGGGUUCCGCAAUUUCCGUGACAUUCGCCCUGGCGAAUGUGUCUUUAUUCGUCGUGCUGAUCGCGACGAUAUUUUGUCUGGCCAAAGAGGCCCUACCUUGUUUAGCCGUCAAAUUGUCCCUUGCAAGCGAUUUAGACCUGAUAUUUUUGAAUAUGUCUAUUUUGCCCGUCCCGACUCUGUCAUCGAUGGUCUUUCUGUUUAUCAGUCUCGACUUAAUAUGGGCGAAAAGCUAGCCUACAACGUUAUGAAGCGUUUUGGCGAGGAUUAUGCUAGUAAGAUAGAUGCUGUCAUUCCCGUUCCCGAUUCUGCUCGCACUAGUGCUUUACAACUUGCACAAACCGCAAAUCUGUCCUAUGUUGAAGCAUUUAUUAAAAAUCGCUACAUUGGUCGUACUUUUAUAAUGCCUGGCCAACAAAUUCGUCGCAAGUCAGUCCGCCGAAAACUAAACGUUCAGCUUCAAGAAUUCUAUAAUAAGAAUGUUUUGAUCGUUGAUGACAGUAUCGUUAGAGGAACCACCUCUCGAGAAAUCGUCCAGAUGGCUCGUGAGUCUGGUGCCAAGAAUGUAUACCUUGCUAGUUGCGCACCUAUGAUCACGCAUCCUCAUGUUUAUGGUAUUGACCUUGCUGAUUGUAAGGAUUUAAUUGCCUAUGGGAAGACAGAGGCCGAAGUUGCUGAGUCCAUUGGGGCUGAUGGUGUUAUCUAUCAAAAUCUGGAAGAUUUGGUAGCUUCUUGUACUACUGAAAACGUUUCGGACUUUGAGCUUGGUUUAUUCACUGGUGAAUAUACUACUGGUGCUAGUAUGGAGUACCUUGUUUAUCUUGAACAAAUGCGUAUUGCCAAUAACCGUGCUCGCAAGAACAGUUUCGCUGAGGAUGAGGAACGCGAAGCCCCCGAUGACAUUUCCUUGCAUAACACGCAUUCUGAUCCUUCUUUUGACUAAAAAAAAUUCUUUUUUUUGGAUAUCUUUUGAUACGAAUGUGCUUUUUAAAUAUUGGACUCAUUUCCUUAAUUCCCUACUUCACCCAUAUUUACAUAUAGAGAUUCAAGCAGAUAAUGUUCAAGAUGUUUCUUAAUUUUUUACGCUCUUCUUUUUAAUUUGCUUUUCUUAAUUCUUUAAUACUAAUGCUUGAAAUAAAUAUUAAUAAAUAGUAUAUACCAUCUGAAAUGCUGGCACGUA